AUGCCACGCCAAGCCAGCGUGCCUCUCGCUCGUUACCUCUUCACGCGAUUGGCCCAGCAAAACGUGAGAUCCCUCUUCGGCGUGCCCGGAGACUUCACCCUCAAAGCACAAGACCACGUUGAAUCCUCCGGUCUCAAGUGGAUCGGCAAUUGCAAUGAGCUCAACGCCGGGUAUGCAGCGGAUGGGUACGCCCGCACGCGAGGUCUCGGCGCCCUCAUGACAACUUAUGGUGUUGGGGAGCUCUCAGCUGUCAAUGCCGUGACCGGCAGCUAUUCCGAACAUGUUCCCGUGGUCCAUAUCGUCGGCACGCCGGCAACUCGGUUGCAGGUGCAGAUAAAAGAUAUGGCGCUGAGGGAUCACCGGCAUGUACACCACACUCUGGCAGAUCCGACGAGACUGGGUGUUUUCGGCGAAAUUGCUGCAAAGGUUACGGCGGCGCAGGUGAAGCUUGACUCGGCGGACUCGGCGGCGGAGAAGGUGGACUGGGUAAUCGACGAGGCAAUACGACACAGUCGGCCAGUUUAUGUCGAGCUUCCGAGUGAUCUCGUCGAUGCGGACGUGGACGGCUCUAGGCUCGGGGAUCCGAUCGGAAGUGUUGUCCCCAACAGCAGCGAGAUUCGAAUUGCCGAGGGAGAAGCACGGAAACUGAUGCAUCGUCUAUGCUCCGCAAAGCAGCCACUUCUACUCAUAGACCGAGGCAUGGGAGUCCAAGGGCUUCGGGAGGAGAUCAACAGCUUUGUCCGAGCCUCGGGAAUACCGACUUUGUGCAUGCCUUCAGGAGCUGGUAUGGUGGAGAACGACCUGCCCAACUACUACGGCGUUCAUUCCGGUCCGGUUGGAAAGGUAGACACGAUGUCUUAUGUCGAGUCCGCGGACUUCGUGCUGGCCUUUGGACCUAUGUUCUCCGAUACGCAGACUUUGGGAUGGAACGUCCUCCCUGAUCGAGCGAAAACGACAAUCUUCGGCCGCACUGCCGUUGACAACGUUGCGGUCGAUGGGUCUCAGAUCCUGUGCAACAUGAGUAAGGCACUAAACGAGAAUGAGAUUUUGAUUCCCGGUGCCGCGAACGAGAAAGUCGAAUUGCUCUCCAACUGGCGUAAUGCCACAAAACUAGAGGCCACGCCGGCCGACGAACGAAUCAACCAAACAGGCCUCUACGACCGACUUAACCAGUACCUCAGACCCCAUGAUACGGUCAUACUCGGAAACGCAACACCAAUCAUCGGCGGACGAGAUAUGGUGCUGCCUCGAGGAGCUCGUGUAGUCGCUUCGGGGAUGUGGUUCUCGAUCGGCCACAUGCUCCCGGCGGCUUUGGGUGUAGGCCUGGCCCGUCGUGAGCACGGUCAGAAAGGGCGGACCAUUUUGAUUGAUGGAGAUGGCAAUAUCCAGAUGACGAUACAGGAGAUCAGCUCCAUCAUAAGAGAACGCCUGGAUAUCACCAUUUUCAUCGUCCAAAACCAGGGGUAUGCGUACGAGCGCCUUAUUCACGGGCUCCACGAGUCGUACAACGACCUGGCUCCGUGGCGAUAUCUCGAGGCCGCGCGGUUCUUCGGGGCCCCAGAUGACUAUCCAGUCUCAUGCCAUCGAGUAGAGACGUGGGCUGACUUGGAUGGAGUGCUUGGGGACGCGGGCUUCUGCGAGCCAAAUGGGCUGAAACUCAUUGAGUUGGUGCUGGAUAAGUACGACGUCCCAGACAAGUUCAGACAAGUCUUUCGCAGAGCGGGCGAGAAUCUCUGA